GUUCAGCAGCUGAGGCGCGAGAGAAGGCAGUCGGCGCCUCAGAGCUCGGCCGUUAACGUCCUCUCCGCUCAACAGAACGGUUUCCCGCCGCCGCCGCGCUCUCUCUCUCGCUCUCCUCUUCUGCGCCGACUGUUCGCUCCGCUCCUGGUCACUCAGUACUGCCGCCAUGUCGCUGGAAUCCGGCCUGGAGGCGGGUUUCUCCAGCGAGGAGCUGCUGGCCCUGCGCUUCCCGCUGCACCGCGCUUGCCGCGACGGGGACUUGUCCGCUUUGUGCGCUCUGCUCCAGAGCUCGCCCCGCGAAACCUUGGCGACCGAGGACUCUUUCUACGGAUGGACGCCCAUCCACUGGGCCGCGCAUUUCGGAAAGCUGGACUGUUUAAUGCAGCUAGUGAGAGCAGGAGCAGCUGUGAAUGCCUGUACAACACGAUUUGCACAAACACCAGCCCACAUUGCUGCUUUUGGAGGACAUCCUCAGUGCCUCAUCUGGUUAAUUCAAUCAGGAGCCAACAUAAACAAGCAGGAUUAUGUUGGUGAAACUCCUAUUCACAAAGCAGCUCGGUCUGGUAGUAUGGAAUCCAUAAGUGCCCUUGUGGCUCAUGGAGCUCAAAUAGACUUGAGAAAUGCCAGUGGCCUGACAGCAGCAGAUCUUGCACAUACCCAGGGCUUCCAGGAAUGUGCUCAGUUGCUCUUGAACCUCCAGAACAGCCCGCUGAACCAUUUCAAUAGCAAUGGGACCUUAAAUGGGCUUCAUCAGAAGACAAGCCAAAGUCUGCUCAAUAGAGGCAUAAGUCGAAAGCGCACAUUUGAAGAUAUGGAGUGUGUUGGAAUGAAGAAAGCUAGGACUGAAGGUCAGAGUUUUGAUGGCUUAAUACCAAUGAUAAAUGGAGGAACUGAGGAAGAUGCUGACAAUAUGCAUGUUGAUAGAGAGUUUCCUGUUAUAUCAGAUAUGAAUUGCAGUAACUCCAUACUGAAUGCUUUGGCAAAUGGACAUAUCAUCAAUGGACAUUUGGACUUCACUUCCCCAGCUCAACUCAAUGGAUUAAGUGCCAGGCGUGAAGAAUGCCUAGCAUUGGUAGUGCCUAAUGCACUAGCAGCUACUUGUAAACAUGCAGUCAAUGUUGGCUGUAAUGUUGAGGAACCAGAAAAAGUGGUGAAUUCUGCUUCUGAGUUGUGUGGCUCUUUGCAUCUAAAUGGAAGCCCUAGUAGCCUUGUGUCCAGCAGGCCUAUGUGGAUGGAUGAUCUUGGCGAUACAUUGCACUAUGGACAUUACCAUGGUUUUGGGGAUACUGCUGAAAGUAUUCCUGAACUUAACAGCGUUGUUGAGCAUUCCAAUUCUGUUAAAGUUGCACAGAAAUAUGAUAAUACCGUUUUGGGUACAAUGUAUCUUUAUCAUGGUUCGUAAGCCAUUGAUACCAGCUUCUUUUUGGAACUACUAAACAAUGUAAUUUUGAUGGGAGAAAAUACCAUCUGAAAGGUGCAACAAGUAACAGUUUUUCACAUAUUGGUUAAAAUAAAUUGAUUGUUAAUAGCCUUAUGUUCCUAAUUUUGCAUGCACAGGUUCAUUUAAUUAUAUGGAUAGCUGCUUUUACUAUGGAUUGUUCUUUUUUAUGACAAGUACUAGUUUUUUACUUUUUUAUUUCUAAGCUUGUUAGCACUCUACUGUAGAACUUUGUUUUCACUUUCAUUAAAUUAAACUUUGAGGAGACAUUAAUUUUUUAUAUUAGAAAAGUAUGCAUUUUCUAAUUUAAGACCUGUUGAGACUAUGGUAAACAAUAUCAGUGCCCACUAUGGCUAUGCAAGGAGUGGGUGAUGACAAUAAAAACACUAGAUGUAAUCUACUUGCUCACUUCUCAGAAGGCAGUUGGAUUUUUUUUAAAAAAUGAA